AUGGUGCUGCCGAUGGUCGCCCUCCAUGCCGCCUUCGCCGCGCGGUCGCGCUGCCACUCGGCGCGCCACUUCUCGAAGGCUUCGCCGCUCAUCGGCUUGAGCGGCGGGUCUUGCCGGUACCACCGCCCACCCGCGGCAUACUCCCAGAGCGGAUCCGGCACAUACAGCACGCCGGCGUACCGGCACGCCGCACGGCGGCUCCCCGCGGCGGAAAGCUUGCAUUUCAGCCGCCAGGCUUCCUCCACGGUCCGCUCGCCGGAGAGGCUCUACUACGGCGGCGGCGGAACAAGAGCAAAAAGCCUCCAGGGCGAGCAGUGGCUCGUGUUUGCCGGCGAGGAGACAAGGCAGCCAGUGUACGCCAUCAGGCGGAACGGGUGGGGGAAGACGAUGGCGAACGUCACGGCUUGCGCCGGAGGGACUUCGCCGUCAUACAAGGUGGAAGGGUCGUACAGGCGUAGGAACUGCUUUGUCAUAUCUAGAAGCUUCAAUUACGUGAUGUACGAUGGAGAAAGGCCUGCGGUGGCGGAGGUGAGGCCCAGCCCCAAGGAGGUGGUUGGCACGGACGUGUUCCGCCUUGAGGUGCAGCCCGGCAUCGGCGUAUCGCUUGCCAUGGCCGUCGUGGUGUCGCUCGAGCAGAUGUUCGCCAGGCCGUGCCUCCUCCGGAGUUGGUGCACCGCGUAA